AUGUGUCAUGUCUACCAAAAACCCAAGGUCAACAACAACAUUCUUCUCAGUCCAAUAUAUGCAUUGGUGACAAACUUCCGGUGUCCUGGAUACUCGGUUGGGAUUAGUUGUAGCCUUCUUUUGGCAGACAUUUUGGUGAAGGAUAACUUCCUCAAUAAUUGGGCAAAAAUGCACAACAAUAUACUUUCCAAUAAUAAUGAAUCUACAAAACCUGUAUUUUACCUUCCUAAUCUUAAAAGAAAUGGUUCUUCCCCUGCCAAGAUAAUUGGCCAUAGUCCAAGAAAUGAUUGUGGCCAAACCAUGCAUUUCAAGGUCACUACUGAAAAUGAAAUUUUGAAUGGUGAAUUCUUUAAGUCACUUGCAUUGCUUUGCAUUGAGGAGACUGAGAGCAAACUUGGUAGCAAAAUGGCUUCAGAGUUUUCUUUGUUUGUGAAAGAAAAUUUAGAGGUCAUUAAGAUGGAAAAGUAUUUUAGACAUGGACAUGUUAAUCCACAAUUGGGUCUCAAGACUCAAGUCACUUGUGCAGGUUGGGAUGAAUAUUUAUGGGCCAACGAGGUAGCGUUUCGUGAUGUGAAUAGGCCAAUGCAUGUUUCGUUUUGGAUUGGGUCAAUUUUUGAUGGUCUUGUCAUUGCAAUUCCGCCUCUUAAUCAGGCUACUCUUGGAGUGAACAUUUUAGUCACAAUUCCUAAUGAGAACAAAUUCUGGGACGAACUGGACAGUUUGAAUUUCUUUUUAAAUUUUUUUUCUAUAUGUGAUUCUAGGAAAGGGGAAGAAUAUGUUUAG